ACCCUUCCUCUAAACCCUAACCCCGCAAAACCCUUCUCCUCGCCCUUGACCCCUUUUCUUCAAUACCUGCAAAUGGCAUUCAGUUCUAUUCUUCGCAGAGCCUCAGCAUCUGUGCUUCCACUUUCAAUUCGCUCCCUGGGUUCACAGAGGACCUUUGGCAGCAUAAUAUCCGCCGGUCUCUGUGUUGAAAAGCGCAAUCUCAGGCACGAGUACUGUCGGCAAUUAUUUCUUCCAUUUUUGCGAUUCUCGACGGCCGCCGGAGCAAAACCGAGCGCCGAUGAGAGUUUGAUUCGAGUCCUUGAGUCCGAGAUCGACUGCGCCGAGCCACCCACAGUAGAGGAUAUCCCAAGUGGAUUUCCUUUUGAAAUCCAAGAUAACCCUGGAGAGAGAACCAUAUUACUAAAAAGAAAGUUUCAAGAUGAGAUAAUCAAAGUUGAAGUUGAUGCACCUAGUAUUCCAGAGGUGGAUGCUGAGGACGAUGAUGAUGACCAGGAUAAAAAUACUGAGGAUUCAGAUAACCCACCAAGCAUUCCACUGGUUGUGAAUAUUUCUAAAGGAAAUGGUCAGUGUCUGGAGUUUGGUAUCACUGCUUGCCCUGAUGAGGUCACGAUCGAUACCUUGUCAGUUAAAAAUUCAGAAUAUUCUGAAGAUCAACUUGCAUAUGAAGGGCCUGACUUUUAUGAUUUGGAUGAAAAUUUGCAAAAGGCUUUCCACAAAUAUCUUGAGAUUAGAGGGAUCAAACCUAGCACAACCAACUUUUUGUUUGAUUACAUGGCAAACAAGGACAACAAAGAAUACUUGCUGUGGCUGAAGAACCUCAAGAGUUUCAUGGAAAGGUAACUCUUCGUGCAAUGGGACAACAACGAAUGCAGCCAAGCUUAUGUGCUGGGCGGUGACACCUGCCCAUUUAGUAAUUUAGUUCAUUUGAAAUGUUCACCAUCUGAAUUUGUAUUACUGUUGGAGGGAGAGCGAGUAGUGAAAUUCGUGAACUGUUUUGGGCACAUUCUAGUUAUUAGUCUUGUUUUACACCUAAUUUGUCAUGGAUGAUAAAAAUGGUGUAUGACAGAAAUGCUUUAGUUGAUAAAGCGUAUUUUGAUUAAGAGACGCAACAUUCAAUUGUCAUUGAUUAUCUAUACUAUCCUUCUAUAGGUAGCUAGUUGUGCGGUAA